AUGAACUCACGAGAAAGUACAGGAAGUUUUCAGGUGAACAAAAUUGAGGAGAAAAUGUUUCGAGUGGCAGUUGUGCUAACCCUGCUAUACAUCUCUCACGCGCAGUACGGUGUACCGGCAAGACAGCCGAUGGGAAGCUAUGGACCCGUAUUCCAGCCACCUGUCUUUCAGCCUAUUCAGAUCAAACCUGUUUACUUGCCUGAAUUGCCACCACUACCAGAACUCCUUUGGUCCUAUCCCUAUUACAAUCGCUGGUGGAGUCGCAGUGAGAGUGAGGAAGAUCGCUGCGACGAUUGUCGCCCUCUGAGAAAUGCCUGCAAGCCUUCCGACAAGAACUGCGAGAUGCCCUCAAUCAAGUACUUCAAACAAAAAGGCUGCCAGAGGGCCAUUGUGCAUUGCAGUGAUUCUAAAAAUUACAUGCUUAUGACGGCUAACCGCAAGGUUCUCAGCAAUGGUGUGGCUAUCGAGAAAGUUAUCAAGUGCAACGAAAAGGGAAGAUGGUUCUCUGAGGACGUCGACGGCGAAGGAACCACGUUUAGCUCACUGCGCUGUGUGAAAGUAAAGUAG